AUGUUUCCUUAUAUCCAUGACAAGAACCAAUCCAAGUGGACUUUUAAUUUAAAGGAAAAGUUCACCACAAACCUGGAGUUAGCUUUAGCACGGAAUCAGGUGCACACAUGCCGGAAACCCAAAACUCCUGAAAAAGAAGGCUGGACGAGGAAGCCUCCUGAUUUUAGCUAUAAACUAUACAUAGCUCCAAGCCUCAUGAGGAAACCCCCUGAAACGUCGAAAGAAAUGAAGAAGCAGAAUUCAAGAGCCAGCACCGUACAAGAUGAACUGAUUAGUAUAAGGUCCAGGUUGUUUGACCAGGUCAUGGAACAGAAGGAGCAGCCAAAAAUCAUUACGAGGUUUCCACAUGUGGGCCCCUAUGAAGCCCAGUUAUCAUUUGUGAAGCGCGGGAAGUAUAAGAGCACAAGCUACAAAGAUCCCAAACCAUUUGAGCAUAGACAGUAUGAAAAACAUGUGCCAAAUUUUGUGACAAGUUAUGCCAGAGACCCUCUGAAUCUAAAGUUGAAAUCGCAGUGUUUAAGUGAAGUCCAUGGAUUGCAUCCUUUGACAGACAAGCGGCCUUCUAGAUCAAGAGAAAAAUUUAUUACCUACAAGCCUGUGGAACUCAAGUGGGAUUCAAGGCUGAUUCUAACAAAAGAACCUUGGCCAGCCAAAACAGUUUCUUUCACGAGGUUCAAAAGCCAACGAGGUGCACACACUGCCCUCAUGGAACGCAUUGAAGAAACAUUAAGCAAGCUGUGGCAGAAGGAGGCAAAUCAGAAGCAGACAGCAAGCAAGAGGAAAAAAGAAGCAGAGAAUACAUGGCGAAAAAGCUUACCUGUAGCUGUUUCCACAGAAAGAUACUCCAGGAGGAAGCAGCAGGACAACAGUGAAACACAGCAAAAAGGGUGGAUUUCUCGGUCAACAUCCAUAGAACUAACGAAAGGGAGAAUGCCAAAGCCAGCAUAUAUAAAACCAGAACCUCUGGGUUUCUUGUUGCCAACUGGCAUAGCUCAGAGUGUUGAGGAACUGAGGUGCAAAUAAUGGGAACAAACUAGGAAGCAUUUUGGAAACAUGUGAGUGUUUAAUGAUAGUGGCAUUCCGAUAAAUGCAAGAACAUGUUCCACUAACUCCAAAGAAUGCAACAACUAAAAAUACAAACACACACAUAGAAUAAAUGUAUCACUAUUUAUAUAAUACACUCUUAGAUGCAGUUGCAUGCA